CAGAGCCCUGAUCCAAACGAAGAAAGUACGAAACCAGAAGGUCACGAUCGAAACUUCUCUUCUUCAUCGGAGCUCCUCUUCAGUUCUUCACAGGAUCAAUUUCUUCCAUUUUGAGCUCUUCUUCUGAGCUUCUUCAGCUAAUUUUCAGAUCUUCUCUCAUUGUCUAGAAGAACUUUACUCUUUUGCACAAAUAGAAGAUAAGUUGCGAAAUAUAGCCGGGCGACCCAAUUUGAUGAUUACAAUGGGUUACGUUGGACUGAAGCGAUUGAGGGUAGGGCUGCGUUUCCAGUGGAACAGGGCAGCGCUAUGGGGAUGGAAUCGCCAUUGCCAUACAAACAUAUCCUAUCCAAACCUCAAUGCCAAGCCUACACCAGAGGGGCGGCGGAUCUAUGAAGCUGACCAGGAGAAAAAGUUGUCGUGGGAGUUUCUUCCAUGUCAACUUGAUGAGGAAAGGUUUGACGUCGGGUCUCUGCUAGACGACUGGGUUGUAGUUCAUAAUAAUGAGGUUUCGGCGGGUGAGCUUAAGAGGAUCCUUACCAAACUUCGUAAGGAUGGGCGAUUCUCUAUAGCUCUAAAGCUAUGUUCCUUCUGCCUUAUUUCAUGGCACGUUUGAUUAGACUGUGAAUUCUUUUUUGAAAGGGCUAAAAUUCACCAUUGGUCCUUCAACUUUAUGAGUUGUGCACAAUUGGUCCUUCAACUUUCAAAAGCCCGUAAAUAGUCCUUCAACUUUAUGAGUCGUGCAUGAUUGGUCCUUCAAGUUUCAAAAGUUCAUAAAUAAUCCUUCAGAUACACGUCAGCUCUCCAUAUGAACUCCUUUUGACAUUAAACGUUAAAAACUAAAUGAAGUAUUAGUUUCAUA